CAGUAGGCUACUUACAGGCAGGAGAGGGCAGCAUUGUGAUGGUCUGUAUUUGUGUGGUUAGUAAUGCUUCAGAAGCCUCCGGAGACAGCCUCAUGCCAGCCUGCUGGGUGGGAGGAAGAUUGUUCCACUUCAGGGCUCAGAAGCUUAACUGGAGCCUGACUUACCUGCUGUUCAGUGUAUAGCCUGGCUUCAGGAAGAAUGAGGAGGCUUGCGUGCAGUGCAUGGCCAAGUCAGAGCCCAGCCUAGAUCCCUGGGAGAGCAGAGAGAGAGGCAGAGACCAGGGCUGAGUCCACCCUGGGCUGACCCCCAAGGAGUGGUGUGGGACUGUCCUGCCGGGGAGCAGGGAAGUAAGGGACUAGGACCAAGCUAGCAGUCCCUGGCUACAGGCUGGGGCAGGGCAGGAGGUGUGGCUUAGGGCCCUUACUGGACUUAGGCAGAUGAGGCAGUUGCUCUGAAGUCUAAGAUCAAGGACAAGAUGGCCAAGAGUGGAUGCAGACACAAACCCUUUUGUUAUCCGACUGACCAUGAUGGGGCUUCUGACCAAGCUGCCCUAGGACAGCUGUGGCCUCGAAGAAGGGCACUGCAGCCUUUCUGACCUCACACGGUGCUCUCCGAAGCUCCCAGGGUUUACAUAUCCAUAAGGUGGGGAAAGCAGGAGUGUGGGCAGCACUGGACCAGGGUAAAGCGAGCACUGACCACACUCCUCGUGGCUCACUGCUCCCAACACACAGCUUUUGGCUGUGACAUAGAGUAUGGGGUGUGUCAGUUGUUGGUAUUCACAAAGUCCAGGAGCGUGCUGGGUGAGCUCAUAGGCCAUCCUUGACUCUGUACAUUUAAAAAAAAAAAAAAUUAAGCCAGACAAGGUAGUGCAAGCCUUUCAUCCCAGCCCUUGUUGGAGAUGCCUGGUCUACAGGGGGGGGGUUCUAAAAUAACCAAUUAAGGUUACAGAGACAGGAGGAGAGAGAAACACUGUUUCAAAACACUACAUAAAUAAAUAAAAAUUAAGGUUGGGGAUUUAGCUCAGUGGUAGAGCGCUUGCCUAGCAAGCGCAAGGCCCUGGGUUUGGUCCCCAGCUCCGGAAAAAAUAAAUAAAUAAAUAAAUAAAAAUUAAAAAGUAAUAAUAGGGGCUGGAGAGGUGGCUCAGUGGUUAAGAGCACUGACUGCUCAGAGGUCCUGAGUUCAAUUCCCAGCAACCACACGGUGGCUCACAACCGUCUGUAAUGAGAUCCGAUGCCCUCUUCUGGUGUGUCUGAAGACAGCUACAGUGUGCUCAUAUAAAUAAAAAUUAAUAAAAAAAAUUUUAAAAAAUAAAAAAGUAAUAAUAAUUACACAAAAACAUUGUUAGUCCUUUCUCAUGUCCUCUCUCUGACCUCAGGCUCACAGUGCCAAGGCUGGGUUUGAACUCUCACUGUCUCUCCCACUGCCAAGUGCUGAGAUCACAAGCUUGCCCGUGCACAUGCCCUGGCUGUCUCCAGGGCGGCUUGAUCGGAGCCAGGUGGCCGACUCUUCUGGUUUCCAGGCAUCCCUCGUGUGUCCUCAGAGGACCUCAGGACAGGUGGGGAGAACUCUCGAUGGUCCAGGUUCAGCCCUCUUGUUGUCUUAAGGUUGACGUGUUUAUUGAUACAGAAAUAGCCUGUGCACAGAUCAGAGAGUAUGGCCAAAGACACAGCUAUCUUUGGGCUUGCAGCCCCACCCCCAGAACAAAGGCGCAUGUGACUGGCUCCUCCCUGCGUACAUGCACUCACACACGCUCACAGUUCCCGAGGCCGAGAAGCUUAAAUGGAUCUCACACCUAGCAUAUCUCACUGGAGCCUGUGCACGGUUGGACUCUCUCCCUAUCAGCCACUGCGUUCUCUUUGAAACCAUUUUGAUGCCCAUGUGGUGCGUGUGCGUGCAUGUGUGUUUUAACCAAAGAUCCUCAGGCAAACAUUUGUGCCACUGGACACUCCAAGGCCUUGAACUCGGUGCUGGAAAGAGGGCUCAGCAGUAACGAGCGCCAGCAGCUCACAGCUCUGUAACUUCAGUCCCUCAUCUGGCCUGUGUGGCAUUGCACACACAUGCUACAAGAGGCAUUCAGGCAACACUCAUACACAUAAAAAUAAAAUCACAUGCACACACACACAGAUGCACAUACACACGUUUUAAGCCAUAGACGUGAGUCAGGUGGGCCUUCCGAAGCUCAGUGUAGACAAGCCAGAAAGGAACAUUGUAGCCCACGAUUCUUUGAACCAGUGAGGAAGUUUCCAGACCAUGAAAAUGGCCUUGUAGAGACUCAGAACAGGCAGCAGCUCCUGAGGCAAGCAGCAGCCCCCUAGGGCUCCACAGAGACAAGCACUUCCCUUAUGGACAUACAUGAGCCAGCUCCCUUUGUUGGGGAGGAGGCUGUCAGAGGAGCCAUUCCUCAAGAGCCGGACACAGUGGGGCAGACUCUCCUGCUGGGACUUGGAGCUUGCUGAGGGGCUAUGCUGGCUGCCCCCCCCCCUCAGUGUUGAGCUUACAGUGCGGCUACCACACUCCCAGUUCUUUCAUGUGGGCUCUGGGCAUUGAACUCAGGUCCCCAUGGUUUCGCACAAGUGCUUGACCAAUGGAGCCGUCUGUACCCCAGCCUGAGGUAGCUCAGUGUUUCAAGGGAGCCACAUAAGAAAGGGCAGGAAGGACACACACAGGCAGAGCCCCUGCUUUGGCUCUCAGUCCCCUCUGCCACCAUGCACAUGCCGGCUGUGUGCUCAGCACUUGGGCUAGUGGGAAACAAGGGCGCCCAGCACUUGUCCUCCAAGGGCCUCGCACAUCCAGCAUCAGGCAAAGCCGGCGGUGACUGGUCAGGGGAGCUGUCACCUCUACCGGGGGACUGGGAUGGCACGGGCGGGGGUGGGGACUGGGCACUCAGGAACUCUCCAGGGUUCUGGAAGGGGUUGCUGUCUUGGCAGCAGACACCUACGGUGAAGGCAGCUGCGCCUGUGGUCACGCCCCAAGCAGCCAAACGCAUAUCAGCUGCGUUAGCAAGCCUGCGUGGGGAGAGCUGGGAAGCCGGAGGCUUAUCUAAGGAAGUGAUGGUUAAGCCAAUGCUUGAAGGAUGAGGAGGCAUAAGUCAGGUCAGGGAGGGGCUGAGCUGUCCUAGGCCGAAAGAGCUGCCUCUGUGGGCGCCUCAGGGUAGGGAGAACCCACUAGUGAGGUAAGAUGUCAGGCCCUCAGCUUCUCCACCGACACUGCAGACCUCUUUCUUCUGCCUCUUUACAUUAAGACUUAUCUUACACUCACGGUGUUCUGCCUGCAUGUGUAUCAGCGUCAGCAUCGUGUGUAUGCAGUGCCCCAUGGCGGCCAGAAGGGGGCGUCAGUUCCUCUUGGAACUGUAGUUAGACACCAUGCAAGUGCUGGGGGAUCAAACCUGGAGCUUCUGCCAGAGGACUAAGUGCUCUUAACCACUGAGCCAUCUGUCCCCCUCCCCAGGCCAACCUCAGAAUUAGGUUUGAUUGUCAUAAUUGGGACCCCGGCCCAUGUCCUGCGCCUUCUCUGAGAACUGGCUGCCUCAGCGGUUCACUAUUCUCCACUGUACACUGACUGGCUGGCCCUGCCUGCCUCACCGUGGCCUUUCCCACCUAGCAAGUGUUCUUCAGCAGGCUCUGCUUCCUGUGUGGUCUCCUCAUACAGCUGUUGGUGCCUGGGUCCUGUGUUUACACAUGCUCAGCACCCACGCUGGUCCAGGAAGUGACUCUUUACCUGAGGAGCACCCUGGAUACAGCCGGGGAGUCCGCCCCUGGAGCCCUGUGUUUUCAGUGAGCCACACUGGAAAGGGCCCAGCAGUCACUACCUUCAGUGAGCCACACUGGAAAGGGCCCAGCAGUCACUACCUUCAGUGAGCCACACUGGAAAGGGCCCAGCAGUCACUGGCCUUCAGGAUUUGGGAACUAGGGGCAGAAAUUUCCAGAAAUCCCUCCACUCAUAGAUAAUCCUGUAUCUCUCACAACGCUUUAUGAACUUUAAAAGAAAACAACUUGACUUUCCUGCUUCCUUCAUUUUCUGAUGCUGAGACAAGGAGGGUCUCAGGCUGCAGUCUUCCCAUGUCUCCGUGCUGAUAAUGGCGCUCCAGGCAUCUUAAUGUAAUUUUCUGAGGUGAAGCGUGACAUCCUAAGUUCCGUUUCCAGAGCCCACACUAAAAAGCUGGCUGUGGGGGCUGGGGAUUUAGCUCAGUGGUAGAGAGCUUGCCUAGCAAGAGCAAGGCCCUGGGUUCGGUCCCCAGCUCCGAAAAAUAGAAAAAAAAAAAGAAAAAAAAGAAAAAAAAGAAAAAAAAAAAAGCUGGCUGUGCAUCUGCAAUGGCAGCCCAGGAAGGAAGGCAGAGAGAGGUGGGUCUUUGGGGCUCACCAGCCAGCCUAGCCUACUUGCCAACCUGGGGCCUGCGAGAAGCUGCGUCUCAGAGGUUAGGAGGCCGAGGAAAGAAGGCUGUGGGUUCCCAGCCAGCCAGGACUAUAGAAUGAAAUCUCAAAGGCAAACCAACUGGAGGCGGGUGUGGUAGCCAUGCCUUUAGUCCCAGCAGAGGCCUGGAAGGACUUCCCCUGUGUGUGCGAGCCACUGGCAGCGCUUUGGGAAGCGACCAUCACUCCCGUGUCAUGAGUCAUGGCAGUUAAGGAACCUUCUGUGUAGUCAGACGAACCAGGGUUUGGGACCACCAACCCCAUUGCCUCUUCCUGUGACUAUAAUCAGUACUUCUGGACCCAGGCCAGGCCACUCUGAUCGCUAGCCAAGCUUACUUGUGUCCGGGGCCAGUCUUGCCUUGUCCUGUGCCGGUCCUACCUCUGAGGUGGCUGGUCAGCACCAAAGUCACUGACUCCAGCACAGGGCUCACAGACCACCACACCCUGGAAGGCAGAAGAAUGUGCUUCCCAGCGCCCUGUGCACCUGGCGGUCUCUCGGGUAGGAUGCAGGCCCUUUGCCUGCUCCCAGCCACUUUAGAAGGAAGGCUGUGUCCGAGGUGUCCCGCAGGCACCGUUCCAACCUCCACCCACUCCGGCAGGGCCGAGCAGGCUGCAAGGACCAGACUGUGAGCCGUGGUAAGGGUUCCCAAGCCGGCCUGUGAGUCCCGGGUUGAUAAGGAAGGCCCUGCCUCUGUCUGGACUCCCGGGGAAGAGAGAAGCAGGAAGCUUUUAGUGGGGAAAGGUGCGUAAGGCCCUGCCAAGCAGGUUAUGGUGGGUGGGGAGGUACCACCUGCUAUAGCCCCAGGAUUUGGGUGGAGAUUGUGGUGGAGCCUCCAGAAAAGAGGGCUGGGACAGCUGAGUGCUGAGUGGCCUGUGACUGGCUGAGUGGCCCAUGACUGGGCCUCCUAUCCGCUGCUGUGGCGGCCCACAACCAGCCCACAAACCUGUCUCUUCCCAGUCUGCAGCAGCCUCAAGGAAGCCGCUCCUGACCUCGCAGCGGUCCAUCUGCGCUCAGACCCAGAUGGUGGCAGAGCUAUGACCAGGCCUGCAGGCGCCACGCCAAGUGGGGGUCAGUCAUGGAACAGCCACAGGAGGAGACCCCUGAGGCCCGGGAAGAGGAGAAAGAGGAAGUGGCCACGGGUGAUGGAGCCCCAGAGCUCAACGGGGGACCAGAGCACACCCUUCCUUCCAGCAGCUGCACAGACCUCUCCCAGAAUUCCUCCCCUUCCUCCCUGCUGGACCAGCUGCAGAUGGGCUGUGAUGGGGCCUCAGGUGGCAGCCUCAACAUGGAGUGCCGGGUGUGCGGAGACAAGGCCUCAGGCUUCCACUACGGGGUCCACGCGUGUGAGGGGUGCAAGGGCUUCUUCCGCCGGACAAUCCGCAUGAAGCUCAAGUACGAGAAGUGCGAUCGGAUCUGCAAGAUCCAGAAGAAGAACCGCAACAAGUGUCAGUACUGCCGCUUCCAGAAGUGCCUGGCGCUCGGCAUGUCCCACAACGCUAUCCGCUUUGGAAGGAUGCCGGAGGCCGAGAAGAGGAAGCUGGUGGCGGGGCUGACGGCCAGCGAGGGAUGCCAGCAAAACCCCCAGCUGGCCGACCUGAAGGCCUUCUCCAAGCACAUCUACAAUGCCUACCUGAAAAACUUCAACAUGACCAAAAAGAAGGCCCGGAGCAUCCUCACUGGCAAGUCCAGCCAUAACGCACCCUUCAUCAUCCACGACAUUGAGACGCUGUGGCAGGCAGAGAAGGGCCUGGUGUGGAAGCAGCUGGUGAACGGGCCGCCGCCCUACAACGAGAUCAGCGUGCAUGUGUUCUACCGCUGCCAGUCCACCACCGUGGAGACAGUGCGGGAGCUCACCGAGUUCGCCAAGAACAUCCCCAACUUCAGCAGCCUCUUCCUCAACGACCAGGUGACCCUCCUCAAGUACGGCGUGCAUGAGGCCAUCUUUGCCAUGCUGGCCUCCAUUGUCAACAAAGACGGACUGCUGGUGGCCAACGGCAGUGGCUUCGUCACCCAUGAGUUCUUGCGCAGUAUCCGCAAGCCCUUCAGUGACAUCAUUGAGCCCAAGUUCGAGUUUGCUGUCAAGUUCAAUGCUCUGGAGCUGGACGACAGUGAUCUGGCCCUUUUCAUUGCCGCCAUCAUUCUGUGCGGAGACCGGCCAGGCCUCAUGAACGUGCCACAGGUGGAAGCCAUCCAGGACACCAUCCUGCAGGCUCUAGAAUUCCAUCUGCAGGUCAACCACCCCGACAGCCAGUACCUCUUCCCCAAGCUGCUGCAGAAAAUGGCCGACCUGCGGCAGCUGGUCACUGAACACGCGCAGAUGAUGCAGUGGCUGAAGAAGACGGAGAGUGAGACCUUGCUGCACCCCCUGCUCCAGGAGAUCUACAAGGACAUGUACUAAGGCUGCACGCAGCCCAGCCUCCCGCAGGCUCCGCUGGGCCCAGCCACGGACUGUUCAGAGGACCCGCCCACAGGCACUGGCCACAGCCCACGCAGCUAGAGCCCACUCACAACACUCCAGACACGGCCCAGACUCUCACCCUCUCCGCCCGCCCUCGGCACCCGGUUCUCCCCAGCACUUCCUGUUCAUGCUGUCUCCCCAGCACCCUUGCUCCUCCACCUGGCCUUCUCUAGCAUCCUGCGCCUCCCCGCCUGUCCCCACAUCUGUCUGAUUCACGCCAGUGAGCCCAUUAGUCCGCUCACCAGCAGCCUAGAAGCAGUGAGGCCUGCACUGGCCCGGCCCUGCCUGUCUCUGUCCCCUCUUCAAGGACAUGAGCCAUCCAAAGAAACACUAUGUUCUCUCUGAGUCCGACUUUCCAAGAAACUUGCCUGGACUGACUGCCAUCCCAGGCUGUCUGAACCCUAGGCACCCCACUCUCACUCUGACACUCUCCUUUCUUCCUGCCUGUGUUCUAGGCCAUUGUCACUGAUGGCCCUUGUGCUGCCCUGGAGUUGUCCCCUCCGCAGGGGUCCAACAGCCCCACUGAAGGGAAGGGGUGUAGAGAUUGGCCAGAAGGAGCAGCAGCACACUUAGUUCUGAUGCUGGGACUCAGGGUUGGGUCAGGGUUAGAAGCUACACAGCGAGGGGGCGGCCCCCAUCAGUGCCCCUCCCCUCCUCUGUAGCAGCAUCCAGGCUGGCAGAACCCAGUACCAGGAACUGGCCAUAGCUGUUCUUUCUUCUCCCGGGAGACGCUGACACACCUGCCCACUGCAGCUGCCUUGGUGUAACCAUGACACCGGCUCACCUCUGUCACCACAGAGCCCCUACUGUGCCCUCCCCAAGGCCUCUGGGGUACAGCUAUGGCCCUGUUCCUAGAAUUGAUGGUCUGUGAGCAGGUAGGGAUGGCCUGCCAGGUCACCCCUGCCAGCUCACAGGCAGAGUUUGCCAGGGCUCCCCCGACACUGUCCCCUCUCCCCUCCCCCCUCCCGCUUCCCCUUUCCUGCUCCCACAUACCAGCAGCUCCACAGCCAUCUCUUUUCUUUUUUUUGGUUCUUUUUUUUCCGGAGCUGGGGACCGAACCCAGGGCCUUGCGCUUCCUAGGUAAGCGCUCUACCGCUGAGCUAAAUCCCCAGCCCCCAGCCAUCUCUUUUCUGCCUGACUGGUCACCAGCUCCCAGCUGCUGCUUCCAGUGAAGCUUGCUGGGUGCUCCCAUACUCUGCCCAGGCCCCCUCCAGGCUCCCCUGAGUCCGAGGGCUGGGCCCAGCCCAGCAGAUCCUGCCGAGGCCCACCCGGAAAGCAUUGGACGCCUUGGCUUCCAGGCCUGACAUCCUGGGUCUCCGUCUGGUCCUCUGUGGCUUGGAGAGGGGACAAGCCCAGUGUAGGCUCCUGCCAGAUUACUCCAUGCUAGCACACUCCCUGUCCCUCACCUCUGCUGAUCAGGCCUUGGGGUCUUCCCUGUGAGGCCCAGGCUGUGCUGGAGCUGCGUGCCCUGCCCUGCCCCCUCCCCCAGGUCUGGUGCUGAGGACGCAGCUCCUCUCAGGGUCCGAAGUCUCCAAACUGAAAUGUAUAUUUUUGCUAGGAGCCCCAGCUUCCUGUGUUUUUAAUAUAAAUAGUGUAUACAGACUGAUGGAACUUUAAAUAAAUGGGAAGUAAGUAUUUAA